CUUUGGCCAGGUCUUGGAAUGUUGGGACAGAGAAAGGAAGGAUAUGGCUGCCAUUAAAAUUGUUCGUGGUAUUAAGAAAUAUCGUGAAGCAGCUAUGAUAGAAGUUGAAGUAUUGCAACAGCUUGGGAAACAUGAUAAGGAUGGCAACCGUUGUGUGCAAAUAAGGAACUGGUUUGACUAUCGUAACCAUAUCUGUAUUGUGUUUGAGAAGCUUGGACCAAGCUUAUACAAAUUUCUACGGAAAAACAAUUAUCGCUCAUUUCCAAUUGAUCUUGUCCGUGAGAUUGGCAGACAACUGUUGGAAUGUGUAGCAUGUGUGUAGUAAUUACUUGGACCAGUUUCUUUAAAUUCAUCAUAUUAUUUUCCGUUUUCUGUUUUUACUAGGUUUGGUUGGUGAUAGAUGAAAGCUAACAUUAAUUCAUUUCAAUUUUAUUUUUAAGCUGCAAAUUCUUUUAUACAAAGUUCUGCUAAAGAUUUUUGUAUUUAGUUAGCUUCCUCAUCACAUGCAUUAAUAUUUGGCUUUAUUUCU